GAAAUCAAAACCAGAGGAAGAAACACACCUUUCCGUCUAGCUGCCCCUCUGGUUUCAGCCAAAUCGGUUUAGCGUGUUGAGAAUUCAUUUGUAUCGACUGAUAACAGUCGCUAUAUCCACCACUCUCGCAUUCUGUUUUUAUAUACCCAUUUUAAAUCGUAAGCAUGAGCGACAACGAGAAAGAAUAUAGGGAUCAGGUUAAGGAUUCCAAUCAUGGCUCAAGGAGCGGCUCCCCACACGCUUCGGGAAAAUCCACCAGUCACUCACCAGCCCGGUCCAAAGAGGGCUCACGCCAUUCCAAGUCCAGGUCUCAUUCACGGUCCAGAUCCAAAUCUAGGUCCCACCGAAGCUCACGCCGCCAUUACUCACGCUCUCGUUCCCGCUCCCACCGCAGACGCUCCAGGAGCCAUUCCAAUAGCCAGGAGUACCGUCGUCGCAGGAGCCACAGCCAUUCGCCGAUGUCUAACCGACGCAGGCAUGUCGGCAACAGGGUGUGUGAAAACAAAAAUUCUGAGGCUAACCCAGACCCUAACACUUGUCUGGGUGUGUUUGGCCUGAGCCUCUACACCACAGAGCGGGACCUGAGGGAUGUCUUCUCUAAAUAUGGGCCUUUGGCUGAGGUCAACAUCGUCUAUGACCAGCAGUCACGCCGCUCAAGAGGCUUUGCCUUUGUUUACUUUGAAAACAGCGAGGACUCCAGAGAGGCUAAAGAAUGUGCUAAUGGAAUGGAGCUCGGCGGACGCAGGAUCAGAGUGGAUUACUCCAUCACUAAACGAGCCCACACCCCCACCCCUGGGAUCUACAUGGGACGCCCCACACACAGCGGCGGUUCCUCACGUCGCUACUCCAGGGACAGUGACCGUGGCUACGAGAGAGGUUACGACAGAGGCUAUGACAGAGGUUACGAUCGGGACUACGACCGCUAUGACGAUCGAGAAUACCGAUCCUACAGGCGCAGAUCUCCAUCUCCUUACUAUAGCCGGGGUUACCGCUCUAGAUCCAGAUCCCGGUCCUACUCACCACGUCACUACUGAAGAGAGAAGACUCGUGAUGAAUUCACUGCUAUUGUUGGGUUCCUUGUUUUUUGUAUUUUUAUGACCAUAUUGUGCGUGUGUGAUAUGAACACUUUUUUUUAUGUAGAAAUGAUUUGUCUGAAAGCUUUGUCAGGAUACAAUUAUGAGAUUUCAUGUGCACCAGUUGUAAAAUUGCCUAAAAGUAAAGUAAAAACUUUUCUGACCCUGCUGGCCUUUGAACAAAUAUGGAGGACGGCCAGAUAAUUUAGGUUGAGACCUUUUUUAUAAAAUAAGGAUUUUUCUGUGGAAGUUACCAUACAAAUUGUCAUUUUGGUGUUUAGUUGAUUUCU